ACUCCUCAUAACGCCAUCUCAAAUCGUGCCUGAGGUUGUCAUUUAAUGUAGGCAAUUGUUAAACACACUGUUGCCCGGGGUAUGUGACCAUACACAAGAGUGAGCAUGCCUUGUGGGAGUUGGUGAAAGAGUGUCCUGCGAGAGCGUAUUUCAAAAGAAAAUGGGUGCCAAUAAUUCUCGGGCUGUACCUACGGGUGGUUUACGCGUGCAUCGUGUUUAUCCCAAUGGACCUGCCGCGGAUGUUGGUUUUGAGAUAUUCUUCGAUUAUAUCAUGGAAGCGGACAACAAUGCCUAUUCGGACGACUCUGACGAGACUCUGAUGAGUUUCACUUCAUAUAUCAGCAGUAAGGAUAAUCAGGAGGUGACUUUGAAUGUUUACAAUGCACGACAGAAGUCACUUCGCUUGAUCAAAAUUACACCUCGUAAAUGGGAUGGCGUUGGGCUUUUGGGUCUCUCUGUAAGAUUUGCAGAAUUUACCGCCAUGGAUGAGGGAGCUCAUGUCAUCAAUGUACAUGACGGAUCUCCUGCUAAGAAAGCCGGACUAAUGCCCAUCACUGACUACCUUCUUGGUACCAAUUUACAAUUGUUCGUUGACAGCGACUGUGUACGAGUUCAUGUUGGAGAGCGUGUGGACGAGGAUGUGACAUUGUACGUGUACAAUUCGGUAACAGAGACAAUCCGAAAGACUGUGAUUACCCCUCGCCAUGGUUGGGGAGGUUCUGGUACUCUUGGUUGUGAUUUGGCGAAUGGUUACAUUCACCGCAUACCUCUAGUAAAGGGCGUUUUUAACAUACCAUCGGAUGAGCAAGAUGCUGAUACAGGCAAUGAUUCCCAAGAGCUAACUCUGGAUUUGGCUGCAGCUGCUCCAACCACAAAACAGAUAACCUAUUGUCCCGGUAACCAUGGAGACGAGUGCGUCAAUGUAAUCGCUAUAUCAUCUGAUACCAAUGUAACCGAGGAUGAGGACGCUCCAGAGGAGCUUUACUUGCCACCUACGUUGGUCACCGUUCAGACUAAUGCCAACGUGGAAAAUGAGGAGCAUUCUACGGAAUCCCCCAGUAGCACAAGAUCGGAUAGUGAGUCACAGAAUAACUAGCAACGUUUGCUCAAUACUUCCCUAUACAUUGCGGAAUGCAACAAUUCAGAGCCCUUGCAAAUAGGACAAGGGGUUCCAGACUUCAGGCAACGAUGAAUUGCUCUGUAUUUGAACUAGUAACAAUGUUAGAUGAAACACAU